AAAAGAAAAGGGAAGGGGGAGGUUAACGAACUUGGAGACUAAUAAAACAAAACAAAAAUGCAGGAGGUGUAAUUUCUAAGGGGGCGAUGUAAACAGAGUUGUGUGUUAGCUCAAGUGCCUCCUCGUCUUCUCCGCCUUCUCUUUUCUAAUCCCUCUCUGAGCACACACAACGCACUCCGCAAUCCUCACCUCUUAAAUCUCAACUUCUCCUUUUUCUAAUUCUAAUUGCACUUCCCUCUUUUCUUUUCUCUGCUCUCCUCUUUUGUCUCUAAUGGCUGCCUCAUCUCCCUUUCUCUCCAAAAUCCCAAUCUCGAACAAAACAAUUUCCUUCUCUUCCUCACUUUCCCCAUCUUUCCCACCCACAUUUCCCUCCAAAUCACACCAUCGCCAAAACCACGCCAGACGCAGCAAUGCGUUGAGAGUCCAGUCCAAGAUCCGAGAGAUCUUCAUGCCAGCACUCAGCUCCACAAUGACCGAGGGCAAAAUCGUCUCUUGGAUUAAGGCAGAAGGCGACGUUCUUUCCAAAGGAGAAAGCGUCGUCGUUGUUGAAUCUGAUAAAGCUGACAUGGAUGUUGAGACUUUUUACGAUGGCAUUCUCGCUGCUAUUGUUGUCCCUGAAGGUGAAUCUGCUCCUGUUGGUGCUCCUAUUGGUCUUUUAGCUGAGACUGAAGAUGAGAUUGCCGAAGCUAAAGCCAAAGCGAAUGCCAAUACCAAUGCCUCCUCCUCACAAACUACUGCUGCUGUUGCUCCUACUCCUCCUCCCGUUAGUUCUACUCCUGCGCCAGCUAUUGCACAACCUGCUCCUGCAGCCAGUGCCCCAGAGGGACCUAAGAAGAUUGUGGCAACACCUUAUGCUAGGAAGCUAGCGAAGCAGCAUAAAGUGGAUAUUAAUAAAUUGGUUGGGUCCGGGCCUAAUGGAAGGAUCACACCUGCUGACGUAGAAGCUGCUGCUGGGAUUAAGUCUGUGGCUUCUGCGCCUGUUGCGGCGGCGGCUCCUGCUGCUGCUCCAGCUAAAGCUCCUCCUGCUGCUGCUGCUCCUCCUCCGCUUCCAGGAUCUACGGUUGUGCCAUUUACAACAAUGCAAUCAGCUGUUUCGAAGAACAUGGUGGAGAGCCUCUCUGUACCUACUUUUAGAGUUGGGUACCCAAUAUCAACUGAUGCCCUCGAUGCUCUAUAUGAGAAGGUGAAACCAAAGGGUGUAACAAUGACUGCAUUAUUAGCAAAAGCUGCAGCAAUGGCACUUGCUCAGCACCCAGUUGUCAAUGCAAGUUGUAAAGAUGGGAAAAGUUUUACUUAUAACAGUAACAUUAACAUUGCAGUGGCUGUGGCUAUCAAUGGUGGGUUGAUUACUCCUGUUCUUCAAGAUGCAGAUAAGUUGGACCUUUACCUGUUAUCACAAAAGUGGAAAGAGUUGGUGGAGAAAGCCAGAUCAAAACAACUACAGCCUCAUGAGUACAAUUCAGGGACAUUCACUCUUUCCAAUUUGGGAAUGUUUGGAGUGGACAGGUUUGAUGCUAUUCUUCCUCCUGGCCAGGGGGCUAUAAUGGCUGUUGGAGCAUCAAAACCAACUGUGGUGGCUGAUAAAGAUGGAUUCUUUAGUGUAAAAAGCAAAAUGCUGGUGAAUGUAACAGCUGAUCACCGAAUUGUCUAUGGGGCUGACUUGGCUGCCUUCCUUCAGACCUUUGCUAAAAUAGUUGAGAACCCAGAAAGCCUGACACUGUAGAUGAUGUUUUGGGUCCUUUGCAACAAUGAAGUUGAUUUUAAAUUUCUACUAUUUGAUUGUUGACAAAAUGCUGGUGUCUACUAAAGAGAGCACUUUUGCUGAGGAACACGGUUUUGCAGUCAUCUCUACUUUUAUUUUGCUUAUGUUGUUCUUGUUUUUUUUUUUUUUUUUUUUUAUAUAUAUUUUGUAAGGAUCUCAGUGACAUGAAAAAUACUGUUGAUUAGAUUUUCAAAUGAAGAGAAUAAAAAGUUCUUCAGAGUUAUAGUUUUUGACAAAA